GUGUUUUUAGCUUAGUCAGAGUAGCUCAGGUGGAAAAUGAAAAAAUAUAAAUUGACCUGAACGCUGGGAAAAACAAUCAAAAACACUUCAACUUCAAAGCUCGCGGUACGCUUAGCUUAUUGAGACUCGCCCGUGCAUACAGUAGAUGUUGUAAACUGUGAACUUGAAUUGUUUGACUUGAGAAUAUUUCCAUUGUUCAACGAGUGUGGUAAAAAAGUUGUUGUUCUAAGUGCUUUUUGCUGCUGUGAUUCUAAUUCUGCUGUUGAAAGCGAAAGUCUUUUUAGUGUAGUCAGUUCAGUCAACAACGGUUGGUUGAACGCAACGCUUUGUGUAGGUGUGUGUGUGUGCGUUUGUUCUUAGUUGACGGAAAAAGUUUGUAAAACAUCUAAAAGCGGCAAAUAGCAGUUUAAAGUACAUACUUAAGUGUUUGGCGAAAAUGUGCUCGAGCGUUAAGUUGGCAGUUGCGUUGCUGUGCACUGGUAUCCUCAGCUUGGCGGAAAUUUCGGCAGAGGAAAGCGCAAAUGCCGAAAGUGCAGCUGUUCAAAAAGAUCUAACCACGUCGGCUACUUCAGCGAAAUUGUUCAACUUGGGCAGCUUAUUUGGCCAGAGUCCCGGCUAUGGUUACGGUAAUGGAUAUGGCUAUGGUUAUGGCAAUAGCUACUAUCCUAGCGCCAAUAGGCCGACAACCUAUAAUCCUUACAGAAACAACUAUUACCCCACUACCAGUACAUAUCCCAGCAACUACUACCCGAGCAAUUAUUAUCCAAGCAACAGUGGCUGGAGCGGCAGCAAUUACCCCAACUACGGUUCUAACGGCGGCUAUUAUCCCAGCGCUGGGGGCUAUGGCUAUAAUUAUGGCAGCACCACUGGCGCGGGCGGCUACUACCCCAGCACGGGCACCAAUAUUCUAGGCGGAAAUGGCGGCUACGGCGGCUAUGGAGGUAAUGGCGGCCUGCCUCAAUACUAUGGCUAUUGGAAUCCACAAUACACGGGGCAGCGCAAUCGUGGUUACGGUUAUUACGCCAAUACCGAUCGCGAUGGCUUGCCACGCUAUGAUGGCGGCUAUAACGAUCGCCCUUAUGGUGGGCGUGGCAGUUAUGGCACUUAUCGUGGCUACGAUUGAUGUUCACAGCGUGUAUGUGGAAUGCUUUAAAGUUUGCUAAUUUUUGUUUUGUUUUUUUUUUUUAACAUUUUUUAUGUGUUGCUUUAUUGCUUUGUUGUUGUUGGCUUAGUGCUGCUAUCGAAAUACGAAAAUAAACUUGCUUUUCUUUGUAAAUA